UGGUUGACUAUAGGGGUAGGUAGACUAACCGCCAAAAACUCGUCAACGAUGUGAGUAUUGCGUCAUCCCGACACAGCCGCGCAUUACUCUCCGCUCACCGCUCAGUCGUCCGGAGCGCCGCGCCGCAGACGCACGCCGUUUUCGAGGAGUGACACGUGAUUUCUUUUCGUAUCAUCACGAUGAGGACCUAUAAAAGAAGGACUGAACGAGCUGAUACACCAAAAGAUGUUGUAGAAAGAGCAUGUCAUCUAAUAAUUUAUGACAAAAAAAGUAUUAAUUCAAUUUCCAUACAAUAUGACAUACCCUAUAAGACGUUACAUCGUUAUGUGGCGAAACUAAAGGAGAAAUUGGAACGUAAUUCGAACUUGACCAGAGCAGAAUUAACCUUGGACUCAGUGGGAUAUAUUAAAAAUAGGCAAGUUUUCACUAAUGUAGAAGAAGAAGCUUUAGCAAGUUAUUUAAAAAAAGCUGCUGAUAUAUAUUAUGGUUUAACACCAUAUGAAACACGAAAAAUGGCAUAUCAGUUUGCCAUAAAAAAUAAUAAAGCUAUGCCUAACUCUUGGAGAACAAAAUUGUUAGCUGGCGAAGAUUGGUUAGGCUCAUUUCUCAAACGUCAUCCUUCUUUAUCCAUAAGGACACCACAAGCAACAAGUCUUUCAAGAGCUACAUCAUUCAACAAACAUAAUGUCAGUAUGUUCUUCGCUAAUUUAACUACUGUUUACCAACGUUUGAAUUUAAGCCCUGGUGAUAUCUGGAACGUCGAUGAAACAGGUAUGACAACCGUACAAGUACCGAAUAGAGUAAUAGCACGACGUGGUGUUAAAAAUCUAGGCAAGAUGACAUCAGGUGAGAGAGGAACGCUGGUGACGGUUGCAGUAGCUGUUUCAGCUGUAGGAAAUAUGGUUCCACCAUUUUUUGUUUUCCCACGCGUCCAUUACAAAUCCCAUUUUGUUAGAGGUGGCCCUAUAGGAUGUGAAGGUGAUGCUAAUCCUUCCGGAUGGAUGAAGGAAGAGAACUUUAUCAAGUAUGCCAAACAUUUCGUGAAAUAUAUCAAACCUAGUAAGGAAAAACCUGUACUUUUGUUGUUGGAUAACCAUGACUCUCACUUAUCCAUUGAAGUGUUGGACUACUUUAAAUCUAAUGGAGUAACCGUUUUAUCAUUCCCUCCGCAUUGUAGCCACAAGCUACAACCUCUUGACAGAUCUGUGUACGGACCAUUGAAAAAGUAUUACAACCGAGCGUGUGACAACUGGCUGGCUAGUAACCCGGGAAAAACUAUAACAAUUUAUGAAAUACCGGAGCUACUUAAAACGUCACUACCGUUGGCUGCUACAAUUGAAAAUAUUCAAUCAGGAUUCAGAGUAUCCGGGAUUUCACCAUUGAAUGAAAACAUCUUUCCUGACUCCGAGUUUAGUGGUUCUUAUGUGACAGAUAGGCCGAUGCUCACUUCCCGUGAUGGUGAUAAUCCUGCAGCAUCUGAUGUGAGCACAGAUGCUGUUCCAUCUACUUCUGCUACAUCUAACAGGUUGUCUAUUGUCGAAGAGGUUCCAAUUCCUGAUCACCAUACAAUAACUGAAUCUCACUCUCUGGCAUCAAAUACAGAUCAGAUUACUACCACAAUACCCUCUUCUACAAGAUCUUUGAGUACAGAAUGUGAGUCACCUUCUCUUUUUGACGAAACAUUCAAUUCUUUAUUUGAACCGGAAUUGAGAGAAAACGUCAAAACGCCAGAAAACGUUUAUUCUACAGAAGCAAAUGCGCCCCCAUCUUUACACAAUCUAAACCCGGCCUCAACUUCAUCAGCAACAUUUGAAGAGCUAAGACCCUUUCCAAAAGCGGCGCCACUUUUAGAAAAUAGAAGAAAUAUUCGCAAACGUAAAAGUACCAUAUAUACUGACACCCCGGAAAAACAAAAUCUUGUAGAUAUGAAAAACAAAAGAGAAACCUAUAAGAAGAAAAAAACAGAUACAAAGACCAGAGUAGAAAAAGGAAAGGGCAAAGGAAAGGGUAAAGGAAAAGGAAAGGGUAAAGGAAAAGGAACAGAUAAAGUUAAUGAGAUUGCUGAUGACACCGUCGAUGAAAAUUACGAUAAUGCUGUUGAUUCAGAUGAUGAGGGUACUAUUUGUAUAGAGUGCACUGAAUCCUACGUCGAUAGUGUUCCAGGUGAACAAUGGAUUCAGUGCAUAAAUUGUAAGUUGUGGGCUCAUUCCAAAUGUGUAAGAGGUAAUCUAAUGUUUUAUGAAUGCAAACAUUGCACUUCUGAUAUUGAAGAUUGAUAACUUGCCCUUUUUUUAAAGAAUACAAAGAUUAAUAUGAGACUGAUUAAGAGUUCAGUUCAAACAAAAUGAUUAUUACUUUUGAUGAUAAAACAAUUAUAAAGAUGAUUAAGUUUAGAUACUAAUAAUAGAUAUUUAGUAAUUACUAUAAUGCAAACUUUGCACUUCUGAUAUUGAAGACUGAUAACUUAUCUGUUUUUUUUAAGAAUAUAAAGAUUAAUAUGAGACUGAUUAAGGGUUCAGUUCAAACAAAAUGAUUAUUACUUUUGAUGAUAAAACAAAUAUAUAGAUGAUUAAGUUUAGAUACUAAAAUUAGGUAUUUAGUAAUUACUAUAAUUUCAACAGAGCAAUAAAAAUGUGUAUUUAAUUUCUAGCGUAAGAAAAGUUGAUUUAAAAUUGUUUAAUUAAUAAAACUAAUAAAUGUUUAAAUAAAAACUAAGAGGUGAUAGUUUUGUUAAAGACUUAUUGUAGUCUGUACCUGUACCUGAUUAAAAAUGUUUUUGAAUAAAAAGUUUUGUUAAAUUAUAAAAAAAAAAGGUUUUAUUACUUGACACUCUUCACAAUUUGUCACUUAUUGAUACGUAAGUCUACUUACCCCGGGCAUAUAGUCAAUCUACCCCGGAACUGGGGUAAAUUGACUAAGAGUUGGUGUUCUGUAAAAUGCGUUAAAUUAUGAUAAUUAUAUUGAUUAAUGGACUACUUUUUGUAUUAUUUUAUAAGUAUAAGAGUUCUUCUAUCCAUUGAUGCAGUUUUAUUGUCUGUAUGUACAAAAACACAAAAAAUAUGUAUGAUUUUGUAAAAAAUUAGUCAACCAUCCCCGGUCUCCCCUAUCAUAGGAAAGGCGGUUAGAGAUCAAGAGUUAAUUGUCUUUUAGUGAAACUGGUUUAAAUUUUAGAGAAAAUUUUAGGCUGUUUGUUGUAAGCUCUGAACGCGAUGCGAUCUGAAUAGCGGCGGGUCUAAACGUUGCGAUUAUAAAGUAAUAUAAAAAAAUUGACACAUUAUCACAGUGUGGAAAGUAAACCAAAUAUUUAAAUUUUAAUUCCAAACAAUCUGAAUUAGAAUAAAAAAUGAGUUUGUCGCGUCGUGUCGUGUCGCAAAUGCGUUCAGAGUUUUACAAUUUGCCGUCAAAUCCUCUAUCAAUUUCUUAAAAAAAAAAUAACAAAUUUUUAUAAAUCUUUAAAAAUUUGAAGGCGUUGAGCGCGUUUGAUGGAUAUGGUCCGUUCCAGUUUUGUACUCUCUGUAUUUUAGUUGUUAAUUCUAUUACUAAAACUGUGAUUUAUAUUUUUUUUUUUUAAUGAAUACUGUCACUCGGUAGAGUAUACACGUGAAUGACUUUUCCAAAUCUGUAUUGUUUUUUUUUUUCGCCAAUCUAGUUUUAAUAAAAAAACUUUGCUUGAUAGUUCAUUGCGUACAAAUUAAAUUAUGUUUAAAAAUAUUGUACUUAAUAGGUUUUAAUUUUAGAACCGUAAAAUUACGCGAAUUCCAGAUUGAGAAUUACUAAAAGUACUUUUAGUAAUUCUUAAUCUGAAAUUCGUGACUGAGAAAAAAAAUUGUGGGAUCUCGUAGGUAAUUUGAAGGAAAUAUAAUUUUUUUUUUGCCAUAAUCAUUAUCAGAGUUUUACCUAUGAAAAAUUAUGCAAAAUGAGGAUAAUCCAAAAAAAUAAAAUUAAUUAAUUUUCAAAAUUAACCUCACACGUUUUUUCUAUUUUGAUCAUAUGUUCGGUCAAUGAGUCUGUUUUUAUUUACAUAAUCUUAAAAACAUACACAGGUAAGUACAUUCAUUACGCCCCUAAGGGUUGGCGGAAACUUUCCAUUUGCCACGAUGCCUACAUCUUUUGCUUCAUCAACAUUCAUCAAACCUGAAAUAAAUUAUAUUUACAAAUAACACAGGCAUUAAACGCGCACGUAAUGUAAGUCGGUACCUUUAUUCAUUUCGGUGACUACGAGUCAUUGUAACAUGAUUCGAAUCGUCCGAGAUAAAAUAAAUGUACGUGCGCGUUUAAUACCCUGUAUUAUUUAAGAAUAGUAUAAUGCAAGGCAAACGUUUAAAAUCUGAAAUAUUUUUUUAAAUGUAUUUUUGGAGCGUCAUUUCCGUGUACAUUUUACCUGAAUGUAAUAUAUUAUUGUUUGUUUUGUUAGUACGGAGUCGACUUGUAUUUAUCUGUGAUUUCUUUAUUAGCAUAAAUAACUUCUCAUGUAACUUUCAUUGUGUAUUUUUGUGUAAGUGGCGAAUAAUAUUUGUGUAACAGUA